GAAACAUUUAGACGAAACUUGUUUUAGUGUUCACUUGAAGCGACUCUGAUUGCUUGUUAUUGCGUGUAUUGUAUCUUUAUUCCGAUAUGUCGUAUAAUCACAAUGAGAAUACUGUUGUAAAUGAAUUUUCGUCUAUGGCUAUCCACUCAAACGAUCCAAAUGGUGGCGGUGCCAAAAUUUAUGUGCCUCCACAUUUACGAAAUCGUGAAGCAUCAAAUGGUUUACCUGAUUCUGCGAACGAUGUUGGUCAAUAUAAUCGCCCUUUCCGUGGCACUGGUGAUAGGUUUCGUGGACGUCCCUUUCGUGGUUCUUAUAGUAACAGGGGGUCGAAAGUUGGAAACGAAUGGCAACAAUCCGAACCUCGCUGGUCAAGCUUCAAUGACAAUCAGUCACGGGGUGGUCAUUCUGCUUUGGGAUCAAAUGUUCCUAGACGCAGUUGGAAUUCAUCCACCGAGGACUGGACUCAACAGUUACCACGAAACGAACGUACAGAACAGGAGCUUUUCAAGAAAGUGAGCGCGGGGAUAAACUUCAAUCAAUACGACAACAUUCCUGUAACUGCAACAGGGCCAAAUUUCAACGAUAGUGCAUCAACCAUAUCUUCGUUUACUGAGCUUUCGCUUCAUAAAAUUGUACGUGAUAACGUUGAACUAGCCAGCUACGAACGUCCUACACCAGUACAAAAACAUGCUAUACCGAUCAUUGCAUCAGGUCGCGACCUAAUGGCCUGUGCACAAACUGGUUCCGGAAAGACUGCUGCAUUCCUUAUUCCAAUUCUAAAUAACAUGAUUAAGCAAGGUCCUGGUGACUCAAUAUGCGCCACAAUUAGUAGCAACCGAAGAAAGCAAUUCCCUGUAGCGCUUAUAUUGGCUCCAACGCGCGAAUUGGCAUCGCAAAUUUUUGAUGAUGCCCGAAAGUUUUCCUACAGAUCUCUUAUCAAACCUUGUGUUCUUUACGGUGGUGCUGAUAUGAGAACGCAGUUAAUGGAGUUGUCUAAGGGUUGUAACCUGUUAGUUGCAACUCCAGGUCGACUAAGUGACGUUUUAGAACGAGGUCGGAUCGGUUUAGACUACUGUCGAUUCCUCGUUCUUGACGAAGCUGAUCGUAUGUUAGACAUGGGGUUCGAGCCUCAGAUUCGUCGUAUUGUAGAGCAAGAUGCUCUCCCACCUUCUGGUGAGCGACAAACACUUAUGUUUUCGGCAACUUUUCCCAAUGAAAUUCAGAUUUUGGCCAAAGAUUUCUUAAACAGUUACAUAUUCUUGACCGUUGGACGCGUUGGAAGUACCAGUGAAAAUAUAAAGCAAACAAUACUUUGGGUCGAUGAGAAUUUUAAACGAGAUACUCUGGUCGAUUUGCUUGCUAAUUCAGAAGCAGGUACAUUAACAUUAGUUUUUGUUGAAACUAAACGGGGUGCAGAUGCUCUCGAAAACUAUUUGGAUUCCCAGAAGUUUAAAGUUGCCAGUAUACACGGAGAUCGUACCCAGGAGGAUCGGGAAUUAGCGUUGUCUUGUUUCCGUACAGGCAGAACCCCGGUGCUUGUUGCGACGGCGGUCGCAGCUCGUGGUUUGGAUAUCUCAAAUGUGAAGCACGUUAUCAAUUACGACCUCCCGUCAGAUAUUGAGGAGUAUGUACAUCGCAUCGGCCGAACUGGUCGUGUUGGUAAUCUUGGACUGGCAACUUCUUUUUUUAAUGAAAAAAAUCGUAACUUGGCUUAUGGUCUAGUUGAGUUACUUGAAGAAGCUAACCAGGAUGUCCCUCCAUGGCUGAAAGCAUUUACGGGAGAUGGGAGGCCAGCAAGUUCCCAACGUCCAAGAAAUAACCGUCGUGGCGGCUUUGGUUCUCGUGAUUAUCGACAAACUCCCUCACGUGGCGCUAAUAGUUCUAAUCGUCCCAAUGGCCCAACAUCCAGAGAAUACGGAUUGCUUCGCGACGGCAGUUACUACGACUCCAAACCAUGUUCAGUAGCUCAAAGUUCUCCAGAUUGGUGGGGCAAUUAGCGAGCACAAUUAUGAAUAUAACUACCAUGGGUGAUACCCGUUUUGAUCCUGUCGUUUUUUUAUAACUAAACUCAUUUUUUGACAAUUUUCACUUCAGCGGAAACUUGCUUUCAUAAUUUACUUUGGAAUUCACGCCACCAAAUAGUUGCAGUUGUCGACCCUCCUCUGAAUCUAGUUUUAAUUACCAAUCGAGUUGUGCAUCCACGUGAGCAUAAUAGUGGCAUUUCUUCUCGGAUACCAUUUCCGAAUCGCCGCUGCUCUUUCCUAAACCUGCAUUUAUUUUUGAUGAGGUGUGAUUUUCCCAGAGAAUUUAAACAAGUUUAACCGCUUUUUGGUAUUUGGAAAAAGCUUGUAAUAAUUAAAAAACUAGAUCUAAGA